UUUCUUCCUUGUAGGGUUUUCAUAUUAUUCCAAAACAAACAAAAACACUCUCUCUCUCCUCUAGGGUUUACAACAACAACCAUGGAUCUAACAAAGAAACGUAAAGCUGAUGAAAACGGCGUUUCUUAUCCAUCCAGCACAACCAAUGAAUCAACUUUGACACUUGUUCUUUCCCCUGAAGACAUUGACAAGAUUCUUGAAACUUUUACUAAAGACCAAUGUGUAUCAAUUCUUCGUAACGCUUCUCUUCGUUACCCUGAUAUUCUUGAAUCUAUUCGUCAGGUAGCUGAUGGUGAUAUCUCACAUCGUAAACUAUUUGUUCGUGGUCUUGGUUGGGAAACAACAACUGAUAAACUCAAACAGGUUUUUUCUGUAUAUGGUGAAUUAGAUGAAGCUAUUGUUAUAACUGAUAAAAGUUCAGGGAAAUCAAAAGGGUAUGGUUUUGUUACUUUUAAACAUGUUGAUGGUGCUAUUCUUUCUUUAAAAGAACCUAAUAAGAAAAUAGAUGGAAGGAUUACUGUUACACAGCUUGCUGCUGCUGGUAAUUCGUCGUCGGGGAAAGGGAAUUUGCAGUCUGGUGGUGGUGGUGCUGGUGUUGAUGUUGCUGUUAGGAAGAUUUAUGUUGGUAAUGUUCCGUUUGAGAUUUCGAGUGAGAAGUUAUUGAAUCAUUUUUCUAUGUAUGGUGAGAUUGAAGAAGGACCAUUGGGUUUCGAUAAACAAACGGGUAAAGCUAAAGGUUUCGCGUUUUUCGUGUAUAAGACUGAGGAGGGAGCUAAGGCGGCUUUAGUUGAUCCGGUUAAGACGGUAGAAGGACAUCAGGUGUUGUGUAAAUUGGCAACGGAUAAUAAGAAGGGGAAGCAGCAGCAACAGCCGCAGCAACAGAAUAUGAUGGGGCCUGGAGGAAUGCCGAACACUGAUGAUAGGAUGAUGCCUGGUUCAAAUUAUGGUGCUGGUGGUGUUCCUGUAAGCGGGUUGGGUCCGUAUACAGGGUAUUCAGGUCCAGGAAUAAUGCAACAGCAGCCACCACCUCAGCCUCAGCCUGGAAUGGUGAAUCCACAUGCUAUUGGUGGGCCUGGAUAUGGAAACCAAGGACCACCGGGAUCGUUUACAGGUGGAUAUGCUGGUGGGUAUGCUGGUGGUGCUGGUGGAGAUUACAGUGGAAAUGCUGGAGGGUACAGGAUGCCUCAAAGCUCUGCUGCUGGAAUGCCGCCUAGCUCAGGAGGUGGUUAUCCAGAUGGUGGCAAUUAUGGUUAUCCCUCACAGGUAACACAACAACCAGGAGCAGCCGGGUCAAGGGUUCCACCAGGAGCCGGGAUGUACCAGGGCAUGCCUCCAUAUUACUGAGGUGUCUUGAGAGCUUCUUGGACGCAACAUGCUUUAAAUGGUUGUGGUGAUUUCCUGAUUGCAGACUCUGAAAUCUUUGGUUACAUGGACUGCUGUAGAUCUGUUGCUGCUUCACCUAUCUGCUCUUAUGUGUGGCUGUUAGUUGCUAUUUGCUAGUAUUAAGUUAGUACUUAAGUUACUUAAAAAAUUGCUGUAUCUUUUGAUUAGCGUGUUGAGGAUUGAUGUCCGUUUUGUUAACUAAUAUUACCCGUACUUCCUGUUUCUUGUAUGUUCCCCCUUUCUGGCAAUCUUGCUUAAGAUCUGGCAAAUAUGACCUUCUAGGUCUUCUAUCAUGUUUUGUUUUGCCAUUAUUGGCUCAGAUUCUACAUUUUGACUACAAAGGAGCUUUGUGAUGUUGGA